CUGGCAAGCUGGAUUAUUACAUGCCUCCUUGAAGUUUGUGGUAUAACACUGAUUUACCAAUGGGCUCCAUCAGUGCAGCAAAUAUAGAAUUUUCUUUUGAUGUAUUCAAAGAGCUGAAAGUCCACCAUGCCAAAGACAACAUCUUUUAUUCCCCCAUGACCAUCGUUUCAGCCCUGGCCAUGGUCUAUCUGGGAGCAAGAGGCGACACUGAGUAUCAGAUGGAGAAAGUUCUCCACUUUGACAGAAUUGCAGGACUUGGAGGAACUAUUCAGACCAAGUGUGGCAAGUCUAUGAAUAUCCACAUACUGUUUAAAGAACUUCUCUCCGAUAUCACUGCACCAGAAGCUAAUUAUUCAAUCCACAUUGCCAACAGACUGUAUGCUGAAAAGACAUGUCCAGUCCUACCGGUAUACUUAAAAUGUGUUAAGAAACUGUACAAAGCAGGUCUGGAAACAGUCAACUUCAAAACAGGAUCAGAUCAAGCCAGACAGCUCAUUAAUUCCUGGGUAGAAAAUCAGACAAACGGUAAG